AUGUAUAUAUAUAUAUAUAUUAUUUUCUUCUUGUCGUUGUUGUUCUCGUGGUUUUUCCUGUUGUUUGUUUGUGUACGUGACUAUGCAGUGUUAGGAAUGGGCCCGAAUAGACAGCGGAAGCCAAGGACGACGAAGACGCAUCGUGGCAGAGGUGGAAAUUGCACCCCCACAUCGUCCACGGCGGCUCCUUCCAUGCUUUCUCGGGCAGGGAGGGAGAUGAUCAUUGAUGUCCUGCACCAUGCGGCGACAGGGGGGGCGGUGCCGGUGCCUGAGAAACAUUUUGAUGCCAAUGCGGGGAUACGAAUCACACUUCAACGCAACUCCCCCUUGACGCCAUACGAAACCCUACAACGAUUGUACGAAGGGCUUGGCUUCCCCCCUGAUCUUACCACACAGUACGUGACAGAUUUGCAGGGAGCAUCCAAGCUCCCCGCAUUCACCUCCAUUACAGAGUUGCUUGCUGAAGAUGGCCCUUAUCAGUCAUUUUUGGUAAAUAGUUGUUUUGAGUUGUUUUCCCACAUGUUAUUUUACUCUCGGGGAGAAGUGGAUGUAAUCAUGGCCUCGGAAGAGGGGGAUGCCAUCUUGGAGAAUGAACUUGAAACCAUGCAAAGCCUCUUUGAUGAAAGUUUUCUAGGCGUAAAACAAAUUGACGAGAAGGAAUUUGAGGGUCGUGAAAUGUACUUUUCUUUUUCAUCGGGAAGCGGAAAGCGUGUAGUGGUCUGUGUUCGUGUCCCUAAUCAAUAUCCAGCUGAUCCACCGUUGAUCCUUGUACAGCCAUGCGGGAAUCAGGUGGGGACAUUACCCAUUCUCGGGGUUUUCCACGCGGAUACCAAAGAAUUGCCCGCGGCAUUGCGCCGCUCUAUACUUGAUGCGGCUGUGGAAACCAUUAAUGGAUUUGCAGGAGAAGGCUGUUUGGUGGCCCUGAUGUCAUCUUUGCAUGGGGUAAUUGCGUCACUUGAAGUAAUGCCUAUUUCUACGUGCAAUUCAGGUAUCAAAGAGGAUGAACGGCCGGGUAAAGAAGAAAAGGUCAACUUGGACGCACAGAGAAAAGCAUUUGUAAACGCCUUAACUGCUGCCCCGGGUGUAAACUCAACAUCUACUGAAGAUCAUCAUGUAUCGUACCCCAUGCCGGUAAAAAUUGGACUCAAGACGGUCGGUUGUGUCCAAGAUGAAGGGGAUAUUGUGCGCCGAGAGUAUUUAAAGACAGAUAAGUCGCUUGACGCUAAACUGAUGGCGGAGUGGGAAUCUCUUCGAACCAGUGGAACGAUGAAAAAGGCACGUGAACAACUGCCUGCGUUUCAGGUCCGUGAAGAACUUCGUGAAGUCAUUUCAAAGCAUCAGGUUGUCGUUAUUGGUGGGGAAACAGGUAGCGGAAAGACAACGCAGAUACCACAGUACCUGUACGAAUUUAUGUGUGAAUCCGGUAUGGGGGGUUCGGCGAACAUUAUAUGUACCCAACCAAGAAGGCUCGCUGCAACAUCUGUGGCUCUUCGAGUUGCCGAAGAACGUGAUGAGGCAGUGGGAGGUGUUGUGGGUUACACGAUCCGCCUUGAAAGCUGUGUAUCACGACGCACGCAAAUUACCUACUGCACAACAGGUAUCGUGUUGCGACGCCUACAGGUGGAGAAGUUCUUAGGGUCUGUUAGCCACAUUGUUGUGGACGAAAUCCAUGAACGUGGGGUGGACACAGAUUUCUUGUUAAUUCUUUUACGUGAUCUCAUUCAGCGACGAUCCGAUCUGAAGGUUGUGCUUAUGAGUGCGACAAUGGACUCGGAAUUGUUUGCACGGUACUUUGGUGGGGCCCCUGU